UGGCUGCGUGUCUGCCCGGUAUAUAAGAACAGGGCAAGGAUCUUCAGAGUUGGGUGACCUCUAUAUUUUGGCUCUGGUGAACAGGAUCUGAUCCCAAGGACUGUUACUUCUUUUUCUUGUCUGGUGUGCAGGUAAAAACGCAACGCUGUGCUUUGUAUGAAUAGCUAAGGCUUUGGGAUGAGGGCAGUGUGGCGGUUUGGAUUAGUUGGACUCGGAAAGGCUUCUGAGCUUACAGUUUUUGGGGAGAAAAGGUUUGAAAAAUGUAAUUGUGCACAUUUGUUAGCUGAGUUCUGUUAUUUUGUCUUGUCCCUAUUUGAAAGGGGGAGGUGCUUUACAAGCUCCUCAGUUGUUUUUUUUAAACCUUUCCUACACACUUUUCUUUCGUUUUUUAGUUUUAAUCAUAUUGUUUUGUAUUUUUCUUCUGUGCAAAUAAAUAAUACAAAUAACAAUAUACUUAAAUGAGGCAUAUACUUAAUGAUGCAAAAAUAAGUAAUGGGUCAGCAAAUGUAUAUAUGGGGGCAUUCUGGAAGGGUUUCAGAUCAGUGGGAUAAUGAACAGCAUAUCUUAGUAGGAGUCUGAUUCUCUUGGCUCAUUUGAUAAAAACAAAAAAAUUAUCUGGAAAUGAAGAUGUGAAUUGUGAAGUUGUGAACUGUUGCAAACUUUUAUAAGCUUUGUGUCGGCAAAUGGUUCUCUGGUGUGGAUACUGAGAUAGAUAAGUAAGUGUAUCACAAUCAGAUACAGUAUAAGGGCUAUACACAGCUGUGGAACAGGUGUAAAAAGAUUGCUGGUCUUGAAUGUCCAGAAGUUGCUUUUCGGACAGUUACUGUAACAGUCACACCCUUUUCAUUGCUUUUGGACAUGGGCAUGUGAUGCAACAAGUGUGUCAAUAGUUCCGUCCAGAUCAUGUGCUCAUUCUUUUCAAUCAAUAUUUCAAGAAAGGUUGAGGUAAAUUCCAUCCCAACCAAAUGCAUUUAAGGAACAUAAAGGAAAUACAAUUUAUGAAUUGGAGAAUGGCCUAUCAAGUAUAGUGAAUACAAUUCAAUUAAUGAGUUGACCUUUAAAAUCAAUUUACCCUGGUGUUAAAAAACAAAUACACAGCAAUGUUGUUUCACAAGACUUCAUGUGUGACGCGCAUCAAGGUAGCUAAAUGUUUCAAGAUAUUGUGAUGGAAAAGCAAGAGGGGCUGGAAAGGGUAAUGACAUGAAGGGGGGGCUCUUUGCAUGAGUGGAGAGGAGGGGUUGGAAAUAUGUUGCAUAGGUAAGGGGGCAAAGGGAAUAUAGGAUAGGGGUGGAAUGUUGAAGAGGAUGUGAGGUUUGGGUUGAGGGUGUUAAAAAUACCCAACACACAAGUGCUCCUCCCCCUUAUCUAUUCCGAACAGAAACAUGACCCAGUGGACGGGGACGUUGACUGACGUUUGUAACUAGGAUACGGGGUAUCCACACCACUAGGAGUUUUUGCAGCUGUUCUAUCGAGUAUCCCACAGUAAUCUUUUAAAACGUUGGGCUAAGGAAGUUUCUCUGGCCCUGAGACAGAGCACUCCUUGUAGACUCUACUCAGCUGUCAGUGUCAGGGAACUUCCUAUCAGAUCGGUUACUAUUAGGAUUUGUGGAUUGUUUUCUGUGCAAAUAGACAAUAAAGAUCUGAAGAUUUCUUAUUUUCUUUCACCCCUACAGUGUUAGAAACGCAAUCAUGCCUUUCGGUAACACCCACAACAACUUCAAACUCAACUUCAAAGUUGAGGAGGAGUACCCUGACCUCACCAAGCACAACAACCACAUGGCCAAGGUGCUGACCAAGGACAUGUACGCCAAACUGAGGGACAAACAGACCUCCUCCGGCUUCACCGUGGAUGACGUCAUCCAGACCGGUGUCGACAACCCUGGUGAGUGCCACAUAUCUCCCAAACCCCCUGAGGAUAUCACCACAAACACACAACUGUCAAAGGUAGAGCUGAGAAGUUAUGAUCCCUAAAGUAGUCUGCACAACCAUAGUAGCCUGCUGAGUUGAAGCUUAGGCAUCAAUCAAUCAUAAUGCAAUUGCUUAAGAGAUACUAAUACCACAACAUAUAAUAUUAACUAGAUGAAGUGGCGUGUGGGUACUAGGGUGAUGAUGUAGCCUAUAACCAAGACUGCACUCUAGUCAUUGAGUGGGAUGGACACAGGAACCCAGUUGAGGAGUUCCAAUAAUGCAACGCUGUAAUACAUGUGGAAUUGGGGCUUAUAUGGAGGGUUAUAUGCGCAAGCUUCAAUGUUCGUGGGCUUUUAGUUUCUUACAAUAUAUAAUACUGUAUGUGCAGCGUACAUUUCACAUAUCACACUCACACACUUUGAAUUCUUGCGUAUUUUUCAUACAACAGUGGUUUAUUAAUGUCAGUUAGCCUACUAUGUAGAUGUGCUGCCUUUUUACCCUCCUCCCCCUCCUCAGGUCACCCCUUCAUCAUGACCGUUGGCUGCGUGGCUGGUGAUGAGGAGUCCUACGAGGUCUUCAAGGAUCUGUUGGACCCCAUCAUCUCAGACCGUCAUAGUGGAUACAAGCCCACAGACAAGCACAAGACCGACCUGAACUUCGAGAACCUGAAGGUAGAGGCUCAUUCUUCUGACAUGUUUUAUGGCUUUCAUUUGCUAUAUGAAAUGCCAAAGAGUACUGCUGAGCAAAAGUAGUGUGGAAAAUGUUUGAAUAAUCUCUACAUAGGAGGUUGGGAAUCACAAACUUCUUUGAGACACUUUAAAUGUUCAGGUCUAAAACUCUGUUGUGACCUUCUCUCUGUGUAGGGAGGGGAUGACCUGGACCCCAGCUACGUCCUGUCCAGCCGUGUGCGUACCGGCCGCAGCAUCAAGGGAUAUACCCUGCCCCCCCACAACAGCCGUGGCGAGCGCAGAGCAGUGGAGAGACUGUCCGUCGAGGGUGAGCCUCCCAGCUAUCGAUAGCUACAGUACAUUCACAGGAUUAUGCAUGAAGCUAGGCAGUAAAACGAACAAAAGGGAAAUGGAGAUCCGAAUUCUUAGCCACCCCUCAAAUUAAUUGGAAAUAGAGAUCAAGAGUGAAUCCUUAGCUAAAAUGACUAGUGCAUGGUGUCGGAUAACUCCAUGCAGGGAGAUACCAUGUUAAGAGUGAGGGGAAACUGAGGGGUUUUCUGUCUCUCCAGCUCUGAACACCCUGGAUGGUGAAUUCAAGGGAAAGUACUACCCCCUGAAUAAGAUGAGCGAUGCCGAGCAGGAGCAGCUUAUCGCUGACCACUUCUUGUUUGACAAGCCCGUCUCCCCCCUGCUGCUGGGCGCUGGUAUGGCCCGUGACUGGCCCGAUGCAAGAGGAAUCUGGUAUGUCCCCAGAACACAGACCCAUACCAAUAGUCAACCAAAACAAUACUGUAUUGUACUGUACAGAAUAUCCCACCACGUAUCAUAGUGAUGUGUCAUGUGAAACCUCAUCCCUCCUUUCUGAAGGCACAACGAUGCCAAGAGCUUCUUGGUCUGGGUGAACGAGGAGGAUCACCUGCGUGUCAUCUCCAUGGAGAAGGGUGGCAACAUGAAGGAGGUCUUCAGACGCUUCUGCGUUGGUCUGAAAAGGGUAUGUACUGGUACUGAAACUAUUUUGCAACUAGCUCUCACAGUCUCACGUCUGAAUUAGACGUUCAACCAUGUAUCUCAAACGUCAAAUUUCGAAGUUGUUGCAAACAUCAAAUUUAGAAAUGUUUAAGGUUAAGUUUAGGCAUUAACUCAGAAUGUUUAAGGUUAGGGUUAAGUUUAGGCAUUAACUCUGAAAUCUUAAGGUUAGGCAUUAACUCUGAAUGGUUAAGGUAAGGGUUAAGGUUAGGGAUUGGCAUAAAACAAAAUCUCAAAAAUAACUUAUGCCCAUCCACUAGCCCCGUCCACAACACCCUAGCAAAACCGACACCUACUUGAGGGUAACAGUGCUCACUGUUGCCCCUAGUGGCCGGUUUCCACGUCAUCUCCCGACGUCCUCAGACAUGGAUGGACGUCGAAUACUGACUUGUUUCACGGGUAACUUGGCUGCCAUUUUGACAAUGCAGAAAAACACCCCUAACACAAUGAAAAGACAUGAAAACGCAGAGAGACAAUUACAAGAAUGUUGAUACAGGGUUGUUUCUUUCACCUGACAGAUUGAGGAGACUUUCAAGAAGCACAACCACGGCUUCAUGUGGAACGAGCAUCUUGGCUACGUACUGACCUGCCCCUCCAACCUGGGAACUGGUCUGCGUGGUGGCGUGCACGUCAAGCUGCCCAAGCUGAGUACACACGCCAAGUUUGAGGAGAUCUUGACCAGGCUGCGUCUGCAGAAGCGUGGCACAGGUAUCAACACGCACAACAACAAAUAUCUAGAACAGCUGCUGAUAUAUUCAACUCUGAUUCGUCACAGAUCACGACAGUCUUCCCUUUAACAACAAAACAUGUAAAAAGGAACAGAGAUUAAGAUGACCGAAAGCUAUUCUGAAAUAGCCAUAUCCACAGCGGUUAGGACAUCUAUUCAUUUAGUCUGUUAUUUUUGGUGAUAUUUAGAUGAUUUACGGUAUGAGUAAUGGUGCAGAGAUUGUCUGAGACAUUCACUUACACCCGCUUCUCUCUCCCUUUUCCCUGCUCUCUACAGGUGGCGUGGACACCGCCUCCGUGGGUGGAGUGUUCGACAUCUCCAACGCUGACCGUCUGGGAUCCUCUGAGGUAGAUCAGGUCCAGAUGGUGGUGGAUGGUGUCAAGCUCAUGGUGGAGAUGGAGAAGAAGCUGGAGAAGGGAGAGGCCAUCGACAGCAUGAUCCCCGCCCAGAAGUAAAGAGUUGUUGACGUUGCUGGUCGUCUUCUGUUUUUCUAUUGUCAAGUAAUGUACCAUUGAGCCAACCAACCGGCGUGGAGAGGAAACUGAUGCUCGCUCUAGAGACUCUUGACUGCUCACCUAUUUUUCUUCUUUCCUUCAGCCUUUCUUUCUCUCCUUUGUUUUUUCCUUUCCUUUUCUUCCUUGCGCCUUUUUCCACUUCUCUCCUGUUCAGUUUGUAACAUCCUGGAUCAGCUUCCACUGAAGUCAGCUUGCCUGACAGAUGUGGCAUCACUUAAACUUGAAAUUUGGUUCUAGAAAAAUGAUCAUUGAAACUGUGAUUAAAAAAACCUGGCCUCAUGAACUAAAACAGA